AUGCCACAACUUCAUUCAUUCAAUUUUUAUAUUUGUACUUAUAAAAAUAAAACUGAUUUAGCAUAUUAUAUAUCUUGUGAAGAUAUUCAACGAAUAUUUACAAAUAUCAAACAGCAACAUGUAGCUAGUGUCGUCAAUGGUAUUAAUCAUAUUAAUCAUAAAAAAAUGAUAUGUCAUAUUUUCACAGUUCCAUUUUUAUUCGAUCGUCUCGAAGAUAUUGAUGUGGUUCCAUUUUAUCAUGGAUUCUUCAUUCGUAUUGCUCGAGCUUUUCCAUUACUGAAGAACUUUCGUAUUCUAAAUUUUAAAUCACAAUCAUCACGUAAUUCUGAUGUGUUCAUCUAA